AUUUAAUGAUAAACUUUGUGAACUUGUUCGUUCCAUUUAGAUAGGCUUAAAGAUUUAGUAGAUUAAGCAUUUACAACUAGAGAAGAAUGAUGUACAAAUUCUGCAGUGAAAAUAAGAAAGCAGAAGAAAUAGAGAAAUAACCAUCAUUAGUUAUUGAUAUUUUACAGACAGUUAAAGAUUCAGCAAAAGUUUCAGCUUCUAAAUUAAAAGAGAAAGUAAAAGGGUCAGCAGUAAAAUUUAAAUCAGAUGCAAAUGCAAAUUAGUAAGCAAGUAUUGGAAAGACAUGUUUAAAUAUGGCAAAAUUGGCGUGGAGAAAAACAUUUCCAAGUCAUGAUGAGGAAGUAAAAGCUAGAAUGGAAACAGUAAAAGCUAAGUUAGCAGAGAGAAAGAAGGAAGAAGAGAGAUUAGCUUAAAUGAGUGAAGAAGAAUUGGCAGCAGUAUGAAUUAAAAUUUAUUUAGAUUUAAGAGAAAAUUCCAGAAUGGAAAAAGAAUGCUAUUUAAGCUACUGAUUAAGGUACAACUGAAGAAGCAUCUUUAAAAUCAAGAAUAUCAUAGAAAAUUUAAAGUAGACUCAAAUAAAGUGAACAAGGCCAAUAAAUUGUCAAUAGUGAUACUUAUAAAGAAUAUGUAACAUUCAAAGCAGAAAUGAGAUAAUUCAAAUCUGAUUUAUCUGAAAGAAUAUAAAAUCAUCCCAACAAUUUUGUUUAAGUAUCUUUAUAUGCAGCAGUAAAUAAAUAUUUAAAUUAAUUAGAAAACUGUAAAAAAUGAAAGUGCCGUUGCUAGAGCAAUUAGAUAGAUGAGAUUGAUUGAUCCAGACUUUGAUCUAUAUGAAUUGGAAAAGGAAGCAAAAGUGAUUUUUGAAUAAAUCUAUAACCUUUAUUUAGUAGGAGAUUUAGAAUCUCUUUAAAAAGUUUGUGGUGAAGCUGCUUUAGGAUACUUUAAAGUUUUAUUAAAAAAAUAAGAAGCUGAAGUAUUAUUAUAGUUUAUAUAAUAAAUCUAGAAAUCAGAACCUAAACAUAAGUAAUUGUGGAAUGUAGAUGAAAUUAGAUUUACUAGAGCUAGUAUACCAGAUUCUGUUAAAUUACCAGUAUUUGUUUUUACAAUAAAAACUUAAGAAAUCUUUUGUUAUGUUAGUAAAGUAAUGUUUUAUUUAAAUAUCCAAAUAGACAGACAGAACAAAAAUAGUAGAUGGUGAUGAUGAAAGAAUUAUGUCUAUGGAUUAUUAAUUUGCUUUAACUCCACAUUCAAAUCCUUCUUCUGAAGAAUUUGGACAUAUUUGGGAAAUGAUCGAAUUGUAACCAUAAUAAGUUGUUAAAAUGCUUGUUUGAAUGCUAUAUUAUAUAUAUUUUAAUAAACAUACCAA